UCGCCGCUACAGAAUCAGUGCGGGGAACAUUUGACAGCCAGAAUCCCAAGUUCAACCACUCAACAACAACUUGGACUGAAUACGUAUUCCGGUUACGGAUUGAAAAUUCCCCGAGGUUUAUCGAUCCUCUCGCGGCUGUAUGACUGUGGAUAAGAUUAAACAACCGAAAAAGGCUUUGUCCCAUAUUUUCUACUCCAAAAUUCUCUUCGCUUUCUCCCUCAUCGUCCUCAUCCUGGCUAUCUUCAGUUCCCGCAUCUCCUUUCCCCGGCUUUCCCUCAUUGCAAGUCAUUUGACCGGCAGUGCCAACACAAUCACAGCAACCAGCCGCUCAGCCAUUACAAAUACAUCUACACAGAAGAUGGCCUCUUCCCAGUACGCAAAGGAGCUCGAGGUAGCUCAGCUCGCCGUCCAGCGGGCCGCCCGCCUCACCAAGCGCGUCUUCCAUGAGAAGGCCAAGGGCACCGUUUCCAAGGACGACAAGUCCCCUGUGACCAUUGGCGACUUUGGCGCUCAGGCGCUCAUCAUCAGCGCCCUCAAGGCCAACUUCCCUUCGGACGAGAUUGUGGCUGAGGAGGAGGCCGCUCAGCUGCGCGAGGACACCCCUCUGCGGGACCAGAUCUGGGAGCUCGUCAAGUCCACCAAGCUUGACGAUGAGGCUGCCGAGCAACUCCUUGGCGGCGCCAUCAAGGAUGCCGACGCGAUGCUGGAGAUCAUUGACCAGGGCAACAGCAAGGGCGGCGCCAAGGGCAGGAUAUGGACUAUUGACCCCAUUGACGGCACCAAGGGCUUCCUGCGCGGUGGACAGUACGCCGUGUGCUUGGGACUGAUGGUGGACGGUGAUGUCAAGGUCGGCGUUCUCGGCUGCCCGAACCUGCCUGUGGACGACGCUGCGCCGUUGACUGCGGAUAUCGGCACCAACGCGACCGAUGAGGGCCGGGGUGUCAUCUUCUCGGCCGUUCAGGGCCAGGGCGCGACUAGCAGGCCCCUGGGCACCGCCGGUCUUGCGAAGGGCAAGUCGAUUGCGAUGAAGCCUAUUACAGAGAUGUCCAACGCGAGCUUCUGCGAGAGCGUGGAGGCGGGUCACUCGGAUCAGGGCGUGGCUGGACAGAUUGCGCAGAAGCUCGGGAUCACCAAGCCUAGUGUGCGCAUGGAUUCCCAGGCCAAGUACGGCUCUAUUGCUCGUGGCGCGGGUGAUAUCUACCUCCGUCUGCCUACUUCCAAGUCUUACCAGGAGAAGAUCUGGGAUCACGCUGCUGGAGAUCUGAUUGUGCGUGAGGCUGGUGGUCAGGUUACCGACGUGAGUGGAAACCGCCUGGAUUUCAGCGUCGGCCGCACGUUGGCUGAAAACAAGGGUGUCAUUGCGGCGCCUGCUGCGGUCCACGACCAGGUCAUCAAGGUCGUUCAGGAAGUUCUCGGGCAGCAGUAAAGCCUCGUGUCAUAGUGUACAGGUUAUGGCAGGUAUCGGGCCGUUAUGAGGCCAUGUGUGUGCCAAAAAAAACAA